AUGUUUGCGCAGCUCAAGCGAGAGAGUCUGCGAAAGCUGCAGGCCAUGGAGGACAAGAGCCCCAAGGGCUGCAUCGAUGAGCCAAUUGUGGACAUGAUCAAAACUAUCAAUGCGCAUCCGGAUUACGUGACAAGCAGCUCGUGUUCGGGUCGCAUUGCUGUUUUUUGCGGUAUAGCUGCAAGUGGGAAUGAUCAUGAAGCUGGAACGGAUCUGAUCACGAAAGGUGGCAAGUGGUUGAUCGCUGAACAUGCCACCAUCACAUUUGACCAAUUGGCGGCAGCUUUCCGCUCACCUGACGUCAAUUCCAGCACCAGCAACAUGAUUAUCUUUAAGCACGAGCCGCUCAUCAUGCACGUUGUGUGUCGGGAUUUGGACUCGGCCAAAGCGUUGCUGCAAUGGGGUAUUGCGUGCGGGUUCCGCGAAUCGGGGGUCGUGCUCGGCAACCGAAAGAUUACGUGCGCGAUUCGCACGACGGCUAAUGGAUUGGAGAUUCCACUUGGACGAAAUGCGGAGCAGUUGCUCGUGAACGAGAAUUAUCUUCGAUGGAUCGUGGAUAUCGCUAACCAGAAGUUUGAAGCUAAUAAGCAGAAGACAGGUCGACUUUUUGAGGCUUUCCGAGCUAAAUUCUGCCAGCCAGUUGCGAAUUUGAAAGCUGGGAGCAGGUCAAUGGUUGAGCUGAGCUCUUGGGCGGAAGUGACAAGCGCGGACAGCGUGAAACUAGUAGGACAUUCGAGCGUGCAGUACGAUGAUACCAUUGUUGUGUUCGGUGGCCAGGGACCGACAGAAUCUGGAACGACAACUCGCGUUGCGGACACGGUUUUCUUGACCCCUUCGGAGGAUGGCUCUCUUCAAAAGACGUAUCACUCAACAGCCGGGUCUGAUGGUCCGUCGACUCGAAUGUAUCACUCUGCUGUUGUUGUGGGGACGCUUGGUGCUGUUGUGUACGUGUACGGUGGUCGCAAUGCCGAGCAGGUCUUUAAUGAUCUUUUUGCCCUGGAUCUCAGCCAGAAUCCGCCCAAGUGGCGUCAAAUUGAGAGCUCUAUCAGCACCCCACGUCGAUUUGAUCACGUUGGUGCAGUUGCCAACUCGACGAAGCUUGCAUUUUGGGGAGGUAUGUCGUCACUUGAAAACGGUGAUUGCAGUGAUGAGAAGGAUAGCAGUGCGUGCUUGCUGUUCGAUACGAUCAAGGAGACCUGGGAGCAUAAAAGUCUCGAAAAUACCAACAACAAAAGCCAGCCUCCUCCGCUGUUUGCUGCCAGUGCCACCUCGAUCAGCGAUCACCAAAUUGUCGUGAUGGGUGGUGUGACGUCUGCAUUGCUUGCAAAUGGAGACAAGGCGACUAAAAAGGUGUACUUGCUGGACAUCGAGACAUCUCAAUGGGCAGAGCUGGGCGAAGUGAAGCACGAGAAUGCAGCUUUUGUGGGUCACAGCACGGUCUGGCUGCCGACCAACAAGUCCCUCUACAUAUUGGGCGGUGGAUUUCAGUGUUUCGGGUUUGGACAGUUUUAUUCGUCAACGUACCAGUGCCAAUUUUGGGCGUCGACCGCUCCUGUCGCUGCUACCAAGAGUAAGAUCAUCAACACACUCACUACGAUUGCAUCAGCUACUUCCGAUGAUAAACCGCUCGGUGUUCUUGUUGAAAAAUUGCAAGUGAAGAAGAUGAAGACUUUGCUGGAGAAGGCGCAUGUUUACGACAAGUCUCGCCGCGUCCACGUUGCUAACGUCUCCAAGUCAAUUGAGGAUUCCCAGUCAAUGACGAUGUUUUUGCUUCCUGUUGUGGCAACUAUUCGAGAACUAAUUGCGUCGACGAACGAAGCUGAACUACAACAGCUCGAGGUUGUAUUGGACGAUGAUGCAUACGCAAACAAAUUUGGCAAGACGAGUGGACUGAACCGCAACGAAGCGAUCCGCAGUACAAUAGAAGUGUUUGCCAGCAAGCAUCAACUUUCGCCUGCUAUCAUGGAAGCUAUCCCAGACAAGUACGAGUUUGUGAGCGAUGUCUUGUUAAUCCCGCGCGACUCAUUCCUCGAACCAGAGUGGGCAUCGUUUGCUGAUAUAAUGUGGGCACACGUCUGUGUAUCCACUACACCAGCAUUUGCGCGAGUUGCCCGAAAGGCGUUUAUUGAUGCCAGCGAGAAGCGCCAGAGUCAGGUGGAGCUCUUAUACGUGAAUGAAAAGGCUCUAACUUCUCGACGUAGCAAGGAAGCCCCUGGUUGGGUAGAAAUUCGUGAGAAUGGUAUUAUCUACGGCUGGGACCUCACACGAGUCAUGUUCUCGUCAGGCAACGUUACUGAAAAAGCCAGGAUGGCAAAUAUUGGAUGUCGCGGUGAGACGAUUGUCGACCUCUUCUGCGGUAUCGGUUACUACGUUCUCCCCUUCCUCGUGCACGGUGGUGCUUCGUUCGUCCACGCGUGCGAAUGGAACCCAGACUCAGUUGCAGCACUGCGUUUUAACCUGGAGCGCAACCAUGUAGCUGACAGAUGCAAGGUUUACCUUGGAGACAACCGGAAGUCUGCUCCUACUAUUGGUGCUGUGGCUGACCGAGUUAAUUUGGGUCUGUUGCCAACUAGCGAGAAGGCCUGGCCCUUGGCCGUGCAGGUGCUAAAGCCCAGCGGCGGCUGGUUCCACGUGCACGACAACGUGGCCGUGGAGGAUCGCGAAUCCUGGGAGCAACACGUCGUGGACUCGAUGCGGGCACUGGCCAAACAGCACGGCAAGCAGUGGAGCGUCACGUGCGAGCACGUUGAAAGGGUCAAGUCGUAUGCCCCUAAAGUGUAUCAUUUGGUGGCCGACAUCCACUGCGUGUCCGUGUCUUCAGCUUAG